AGAUCAGAGCUCAGACUAGAUUCAGUUACAAGGAAGAGAAACUCGCACAGUCACUGACACUGAGAGGAGAAAUGGCGCAGAAAGGAGUUCAGCUGGACCGAGAAUCCUUCUCUUGUUCCAUCUGUUUGGAUCUACUGAAGGAUCCGGUGACUAUUCCCUGUGGACACAGUUACUGCAUGAACUGUAUUAAAAGAUUCUGGGAUGAAGAGGAGGAGAAGAAGAAACUCCACAGCUGCCCUCAGUGCAGGAAGACUUUCACACCGAGGCCUGUCCUGGAGAAAAACAUCAUGUUAGCAGUUUUACUGGAACAGCUGAAGAAGACUGGACUCCAAGCUGCUCCAGCUGAUCACUGCUAUGCUGGACCUGAAGAUGUGGCCUGUGAUGUCUGCACUGGGAGGAAGCUGAAAGCCAUCAAGUCCUGUUUAGUCUGUGUGAUUUCCUACUGUGAAAAACACAUUAAGCUUCAUUAUGAAUCUGCUGCCUUUGAAAAACACAAGCUGGUGGCCCCCUCCAAGAAGCUCCAGGAGAACAUCUGCUCUCGUCAUGAUGAGGUGAUGAAGAUUUUCUGUCGUACUGAUCAGCAGAGUAUCUGUUAUCUCUGCACAAUGGAUGAACAUAAAGGCCAUGAAACAGUCCCAGCUGCAGCAGAAAGGACUGAGAAGCAGAAGGAGCUCGAGGUGAGACGACUAAACAUCCAGCAGAGAAUCCAGGACCGAGAGAAAGAUGUGAAGCUGCUUCAACAGGAGGUGGAGGCCAUCAAUGGCUCUGCUGAUAAAGCAGUGGAGGACAGUGAGAAGAUGUUGACUGAGCUGAUCCGUCUGAUCCAGAAAAGAAGCUCUGAUGUGAAGCAGCAGGUCAGAUCCCAGCAGGAAACUGAAGUGAGUCGAGUCAAAGAGCUUCAGGAGAAGCUGGAGCAGGAGAUCGCUGAGCUGAAGAGGAAAGACGCCGAGCUGGAGCAGCUCUCACACACAGAGGAUCACAACCAGUUUCUACACAACUACCCCUCACUGUCAGCACUCAGUGAGUCUACACACACAUCCAGCAUCAAUAUUGGUCCUCUGAGGUACUUUGAGGAUGUGACAGCAGCUGUGUCAGAGACCAGAGAUAAACUACAGGACAUCCUGAGAGAGGAAUGGACAAACAUCUCACUGACAGUCACUGAAGAGGAUGUUUUACUGUCACCAUCAGAGCCAAAGACCAGAGCUGGAUUCUUAAAAUAUUCACGUGAAAUCACACUGGAUCCAAACACAGCAAACACGCAUCUGUUAUUAUCUGAGGGAAACAGAAAAGUAACAUUAAUGAAACAACAACAGUCUUAUUCUGAUCAUCCAGACAGAUUCACUGGAUUCUGUCAGGUCCUGAGUAGAGAGAGUCUGACUGGACGUUGUUACUGGGAGGUGGAGUGGAGAGGGAGAGGAGUUUAUGUAGCAGUCGCAUACAAGGAUAUCAGCAGAGCAGGGAGGUCAUGUGAAUGUGUGUUUGGAUUCAAUGAUAAAUCUUGGUCGCUACGUUGUGAGAAAUGGCGUUAUAAAUUUUUCUACAACAAAGUCCAAACUGACCUCUCAGGUCCUCGGUCCUCCAGAGUAGGAGUGUACCUGGAUCACAGAGCAGGUAUUCUGUCUUUCUACAGCGUCUCUGAAACCAUGACUCUCCUCCACAGAGUCCAGACCACAUUCACUCAGCCACUCUAUGCUGGACUUUAUCUUUAUGAUGGAGCCACUGCAGAGUUGAUUAAGCUGAAAUAGUCAGAAGUCAUUGAGGGACAGUUGGUUAAAAUGUGUGUUUCAGUUUCUUUGGUCUCCAUCAUUGUUGUGCUGUUUCUUCUCUGCACAGAGAUCACCUGUCAGUCACUUUAUGGCUGCUACUUUGACAUCUUAUUGUUUGUUGUCCACUUAAUGAUUGAGUUUGUUUGAACACAGAAAUCUAAAAUUGUGUUUCCAUUUAUCUUAAAUGUUGUCAAAUCACAGGAACACUUUUUCUCUGUGUUUGGCACAAAGAUUCAAAUAUUUUGGGAAGAGGUCAGAGUGACGUGAGAAAUUUAUCUCAAAGAAAUUCUGCUGCACACAAAAGUGUUUCUAGUUUGUACAAAGAAGGAAAUAAUUACAAUCAAAGUGAGCAAACAAUAAUGAACCUCAGCUUUUUAAAUGACCAAAAGAUAACAGCAGUGUUUUUGAAAAUAUCCUCACAGAUCAAAUGUUACACACUGGAUAACAAAUGAUUUUGAUCCUUCCUCUAGAAAAAAAUAACACAACAACUGAAAGAGCAACAAAUAAUAUUUGAAAAAGUUUGUGAAGCUUCUUUGUUAUUUUCUAAUAAAUAGAUUUUAUAGAGGGUCAGUCUGAAGAGUUGUUUCAUGUAAACCUGCUGUGUGGAUUUUGUUUGAUCUUCUGAACUGACAGGAUUUUAUUUCUUCUCUUUAUCAAACCUGGUUUUUGAAUUUUCAUGUUUUGAUUCAGAGAAGUUUUAUUUGUGUGUGUUUGUCAUUGUUGUUCUCUGGUUGUGUAUCUCUUGAAAUAUCCAGCAUGCAAAGCUGCAUAAAAAGUAGUCUGCAGCAGUCAGUCAGUCCAGUUUGUGUAGAAAAAGAGUCAAAUGAGGCCUUGUGAGCCUCAUAAAGUGCAAAAUCUUCACUUCCUGUACACAGACACACAAAUCAGCAGAUAUGAGACCAGGUGGUGAAAAAUCAUGUUGACAUGAGGAAAUCAGGGAGGAGGAAUUCAUGUCAGGAAACUGAUGAAUAGUCUAAAUGUUGUGACUGUGUUGGUGAGAGUAAAAGUGAGAAAGAUCUGUAAAUAAAAUGAUUCUACAUUUGAUUCUUCUUGCAUGAACCCGUCUGUAUUCAAUGAUGGAUGUUAAUAAAGUUGUACUGAUACAACACCA